CAGCGGGAAUAACGUACUGGAGUUUUUGUUCCAAAGUAUGGUAUGCCUAAGUAGUUUGAUAAUAAUCUAAGUUGUCAAAGAAAGAACACUGGACAGGCCUAAAUUGAAUCUAUUUGGCAGUGAAGUUCAGUAUUCCGUGCAUCGAGGAGUACUUUAGCAUUAGCGCGCUUAACUUGACAGAUCACAGGGUACUUUCCAGCCCAAACAUUGAAGGUCUAUUUUUCAAAAAGGCUAAAAGGUCACCACCACAAAAUAUUAAUCACGUUAUUAGCCUGCAUACCACCACGUAUCAGUUAUGAAGUAGUUUUGUACACUAUAAACAUGUUACGUGAAAAGUCACACAGUAUCCCUCUAUACUGAAGGACGGAUUGUUGCAUUUCGUCGAGAUUCAUUAUCAAAGGAUCCCUAGGACUGAACCGCAGCAGAGGUGAAAAAGUGUGUCAUGUGAAGACACGAAUAAAUUUUAACACAUUAGGAUUUGCAUGAGUUGACCUGCAUAAUAGACUCUGGCUAACAGGAUUGAAUUACCUACAUCAUAAUACUAAGGUCGAAGACAGAGGCUACGACAAAAGGCAAAGGAAUUUAAAAGACAAGGGAGCGGAACUGUCGGAGUUAGUUUACCUAUCACAAUGGAAAUUAAUUUUGGUGUGCGUCUCAUAGUGUUUUGAUAGCCGCGGCUUUUGUAACUAAUAGUUUGGUUUCGAGUGAAUCACAUAGAAAGCCCUGUUUCAGUUUGGUCAUCACGGAGCGCAUUUCACCACUCAGGCAAACGGCGGACAGUGUGUCACCAAUUCCAAAUUUUCAUUGAAGAGGAAAGUUUAUAGACCGUAAGGAGUGCGGUGUUUAAAUCCACUUAGCAGCUACUUGUUAAACGAGUUCAAAAAGGUACAUUUCCUUCUCAUCACAAAUUAGGACGAGCUGAAGUUGGAGCGUGGCACGUGUUUCACCCACAAAUGAUGGCCACAGCUGACCCAAACAUAACAAAUUUUACCGAAAGAGAUCCAUGUCCUUUUGAGCCUUAUACGUCAACAGAGAAGGUUUUUCAGUGUAUUGUGUACUUCAUCAUCAUGUUCGGCUCCUUCGUCGGUAACGUGCUGGUCAUAUGCGUCGUCAUUCUGAACAGACAAAUGCGAACUGUCACAAAUUAUUUGAUAGUAAAUAUGGCGGUGGCAGAUCUCUUGAUUACAAUAGUCAGUAUGCCGGUCACUGCAAAAGUUCUCGUGACAGGACGCAGCAUCAAUUGGUCAAAUGGUGUUUUGUAUGAUAUUUUGUGCAAGAUAAUCCCAUUCAGCCAAACUUUGUCGAUCGCAAGCUCUGUUUUGAGUUUGACAGUUAUCGCUGUUGACCGUUUCCUAGCAGUGAUGUACCCUUUGAAGAGAUGCAUGACUUUUCAGAAAACGUACGUUGCAAUGGCACUGGUCUGGCUUGUGGGUAUUGCUGUUAAUUCACCGACUCUUUACGCCCAAAAAAUUGUGUUUCUCGAAUACAGUCAGAGAUGGACCUGCACGGAGAUGUGGGAACCGGCAUUCACUGAAGGGGCAUACAAAGGCUUUACAAUAGUUCUUUUUGUGAUUUUUUACGUGGUUCCUCUACUGACCAUGUCAAUUCUAUAUAGCUUCGUCAUUUACAAACUCUGGGUGAGAAAAGUUCCAGGAAAUCAAACUGCCGAAAACCAGCAGCGAUCCAACAAAUCCAGAAAGAAAGUUUUAAAAAUGCUUCUUGCCGUAGUGAUUCUUUUUGCACUGUGUUGGCUCCCGGUGUACAUCACCCAAUUUAUUAGGUUCUACGGUGAGGAGGAUUUUCCUUGCGGUCCACCAAGUACUUUGGCAUUCAUCGGCUACUUUUUGGGACAUGCUAACAGCGCUAUCAAUCCUGCUAUUUAUGUGAUAUUUAACUCUGACUUUCGUAAAGGAUUUCGAGAUGUUUUGCUGUGUCGUUAUUCCCGCAGGAACAGAGUUGCUCCGCAAGUCAAUUUGGGAACCGCGACUGGAGGGGAAAAUAGUUACAUCGAUGGUGCGACUGUUUUAGCGCGUAUCCGUACGCGCGGAGGAUCAAAAGUAUCAACUUGAUAGUUGAUAUCGUCAAAGUUGAUAUAGAUAAUGAAAACUGUAAGCCGUGUUACUACAUUGCUGAGAUGAAAAAAAAAACCAUUACCUGUCGUUUAUUCGUCCUCGCAUAUUGUACGCAUC